AUUUGGCGGCGAGAAAUGGCGCCGCACCUCCAACUGCUCCUGAAGCAUCCUGCCAUCCUUCGUCUGUUGAAGAAAGGCGCAGCGAAAGGAAUACUACGUCAUGGAAGAUAAAGCAAUAAUCCCCUCACAGACCUCCUGGGUUUUCCCACUGGAAAGAGGUCGGUGGUGUUUUCCGUAAUCGUGACAACAACCAAGCAACAAAAUGAGCGGCAAUGGAAUUUACAGCACUCUCGAAGUCGCGGGAUCGGAGAUCGUGGAGAAGUUCAUAGUCGUGCCACCGGAGGAAUCCCCCGUAAAGUCCAAGAUGGCGGGGAGUUCGCGAGAAGCGAAUUUGCCCCAGGUGGAUUACAAUAAAUCGUUGCCGGAACUCGUGCAGUCGCGGGACGAGGACCUACCGGAAGCUCUACUGGGCCAGCGUUCCCACGCCAAACCAUGGACGCUCGAAUGCGCGGCAAGUGAUAUUACCGAAAACGAGAAGACGAUAUGGGGUCUGAAACGACGCAGGUUUUAUAUGGUCGUGGUUGUUGUGUUGUUCGUUGCUGUCGCGAUUGCCAUCGGCGGCGGGAUAGGGGGUACGAUUUGGAGGAACGGUUCCAGGGGCAACAUCCCGGCGGAUCCUUCGGUCAAAGUCCACUCGUCCUCGAAGCUGGCAGCUGCGAAUUGGACCGACCCAUUGGGAACCGAGUACUACGCCGUUUUCUGGCAAGCAUCGUCCGCGGACUUGAUGGUGUCGCUUUGGUGUUCUACAUCCAACUGGACAGUGAGCAACAUCUCGACCUCGGUCUCCGUGUCUGCGAUCAACGGGACGCCCCUGGCUGCCGCUGCUCGUGGAUAUCCCUACACGAGUCUAAGUCUCGGCGGCUUCGGUGUGACGCUCUUCUACCUCUCGCCGGAACACACGGUGGAACAACUCUACACAACGGAUUUUGAGCUUGGGAACUGGACCAAGGGCACGCUGUCGGAAGCUGGUGUGAAGUGGACUGCGAAUCCAAGCUCGCAGCUUGCGGUGUGGUGGAGUCUGUGCGGCACGGGAUGCACGGGAAACCUGCGAGUGCUGUACCAGGAUGAUCAACAGACCUUGAGGUCGUUGAACUCGAGCAAUUGGGGGAAUGCGACGAGUGUUAAGGCGGAGCUGGGCGUCGGGGCAGGUAUCACGAUAACGGGACUUACGGUGAAUUAUGAUCAGACGUGGGAGGGGCAUUCGACGCAGAGGUUGUAUUACCACGAUGCGGGGAUGGUGCAGGAGGUAGGAUGGGGUGAUGAAGGGAAUGCGGAGGACGUGAUUUCCGUACCAUUUCCCUGGGUGCUUCCGUCUCGUCGCCUCUUUUGUCGGCGGCCGCGUUUUCACGAGACCUUGGGCAGGGGAGGAGGUAUAUCUUAUUGACUGCGAUACGGACCGAUGGGACUUUGCGGGUGACCUACU